AAAAAAAGAGUUUACUUUGACUUUGAUUGACUUGCCGUCGUCGCUACUCCGUUUCACGGCAAUCUACAAAAACCACAAAGAGAGAAAUAAUAUAUUCGUUAUAUAAAUGAGUGCUUCAUGAUGUAAACACAAACUGACAGAAGUCAGAACCAUGUCUUCUUGCACCUCUUUCAUCUUCCUUGUCCUUUUCUCCUUACUCGCUAGCUGCAGAACUUAUGCUCAAAAUCCUCAUUACACAUUCCAUUCUUGUCCAAAUACAACAAGUUAUACAAGGAACAGCACUUACUUCACCAAUCUCGAAACCCUUUUGUCCUCUCUCUCUUCCCCUGACGCCUCCUACUCCACAGGAUUCCAGAACGCCACGGUGGGACGCGAUCCCGACAGGGUCACAGGACUUUUCCUCUGCCGGGGAGAUGUCUCGCCUGAAGUUUGCCGUAGCUGCGUCGCCUUCUCAGUCAACGAAACCUUAGCUCGGUGUCCGAAUGAGAAAGAGGUCGUGCUUUACUACGACGAGUGCAUGCUCAGAUACUCUCACAAAAAUAUUCUAUCGACCCUUGUAUACGAAGGAGGGUUUUUCAUGUUCAACGGCAAUAUUUCAUCUAAUCAAGAAGACCGGUUCGAAGAUUUGGUGUCGACCACGAUGAACCAAGCUGCCGACAAAGCAGCUAACAGUUCUAGGAAGUUCUAUACGAUAAAAGCCAAUUGGACCGCACUCCAGAGUUUAUACGGCCUGGUUCAGUGCACACCUGAUCUGACAAGAUAUGACUGUUUGCGUUGCUUGCAUCAAUCCAUCGAUGGAAUUCCUCUUAACAAAAUUGGGGGUAGACUUUUCUGGCCUAGUUGUAAUGCAAGGUACGAGCUUUACUUGUUCUUCAACGAAAACGACACUAGAACACCUCCAGAACAACAGGCACCGCCACCACCUCCGCCAUCACUGCUACCACCUCCUCCCGCCUCUACUUCCCCGGUUUCAUCUCUUACACGAACUGGUAAACAUCAUGAGAAUUCAAAAGUGUUAAUAGUAGCCAUCGUUGUGGGUAUUGUAGUGGCUGUUCUAAUUUUCAUAGCUGGUUAUUGUUUCCUUGCAAAGAGGAGAAGAAAUACUUCAGAUAAUGCACCAGCCUUUUAUGGGGAUGAUAUUACAACCAUUGAGUCACUGCAACUUGAUUAUGGAAUUAUUCAAGCUGCAACAAAUAACUAUUCUGAAAAUAAUAAAAUUGGUGAAGGUGGAUUUGGUGAGGUUUACAAGGGAACAUUCGCGAAUGGGGUUGAAGUUGCGGUGAAGCGACUGUCGAAAUCAUCAAGACAAGGUGACACAGAGUUCAAGAACGAGGUUGCUGUUGUUGCAAAGCUCCAGCAUAGAAAUUUGGUUAGGCUUCUAGGAUUUUCUCUAGAACAAAAAGAGAGGAUACUGGUCUACGAGUAUGUGCCCAACAAAAGCCUUGAUUACUUCCUCUUUGACCCUGCAAAGCAUGGUCAGCUGAACUGGACUCGACGAUAUAAGAUCAUUGAAGGGAUUGCCCGGGGAAUUCUCUAUCUCCAUCAAGAUUCAAGGCUCACAAUUAUACACCGUGACCUCAAAGCAAGUAACAUUCUCCUGGAUCGGGAUAUGAAUCCGAAAGUUGCUGAUUUUGGAAUGGCUAGGAUCUUUGGAAUGGAUCAAACCCAGGAUAACACAAGCAAGAUAGUUGGCACCUACGGUUACAUGGCUCCUGAAUAUGCGAUUCAUGGCCAGUUCUCAAUGAAAUCAGAUGUUUAUAGCUUUGGAGUGUUAGUUCUUGAGAUUAUUAGCGGUAUGAAGAACAACAGCUUCAACGAGAUAGACGGCGCACAUGACCUAGUUACAUAUGCGUGGAGGCUUUGGAGUAACGGUAGAGCGUUACACCUCGCAGACCCUAUUAUUAUUGAUAACUGCCCGAACAGUGAAGUGGUUCGGUGCAUCCAUAUUGGUCUUUUAUGUGUUCAAGAAGAUCCUGUAGAGCGUCCGACCUUUUCAACCAUUUUUGUAAUGCUCACUAGUCAGACUGUGACUUUGCCAGUGCCUCGGCAACCAGGUUUUUUCGUUCAGAGCAGACCUGGGAGAGACCCGCUUGAUCCAGAGCAGUCUACUACAACCAAGUCUGAUCCAACAUCUGUUGACGAUGCGUCCCUCACUGAUAUAUAUUCUCGUUGAAUAUGGUGUUUUUACCUUAAAGUUUGAACCUACCGGUAUUAUUGUAAACAAGCUAGUUGACAACUAUUGUGGCUGUCGAAUGUUGUUUAGUUUUAAUUUGUCUUUUCUGUUCAUUAUAGAAACUGAAAUCAAAUAACACCAUUUGUAAGCCAGUUUGGUUGUGGUGUUGUCUGAUGCAAGUUCCAUCGUUCGUUUAGUUUUCAAUAUGAAUUAUCUGUAUGGGGCCUUAUUAAACAAAGAAAAAUAUAUUUGACU